AUGGCCGAACGGAUGGCGCGAUGGCCUCCGAAGGUGGCCUUUCAUCAUGAGUUUGAGUGGGCUGGACGAGAGCUGGAGGUCUUUUUGGAUGCUGGCAGGUCUUCGGCGAGUAGCAGAGGCAGAGGGAGGCCACUGGAUGCAUCGCAGCUGAACAACUUCGGCAGCCAUGGCUGGAGCCUGCCGGAGACCCCAAGGCCCAGCCCGCGGCUUCUGAAGGAAGCCAAAGAGUUGACACUUCCAGCAGUCCCGGACAGAUAUUUGGUGGCUUUGCGGUCACGCAUGCGUGCUCAACAGUCGCAUGCAGGCUGA